UCCUACACGGAGCUGCUCGAAGUAGGAACCUCACCUUGCAAAGCAGAAGGGUGGUUUGGGGUUCUCCCCCUUCUUCUUUUGUGGUUUUACACAGCCAAUGAGUGUCAGCCUCCACUUACAGAUACAUCAGGCACGGAGGCGUGAGUGUGGCCUGCAGCUCUGGCCCCACCUCCCUCGUCCCUUUCAUUUGACUCUCAUUACUUGAAAGAAUCUUCUCGACUGUUCCCAUGUGUCGGCCAACAGUUGCAUAGAGUCCAGCUGCUGGGAGCCAGCCCACCCGCCUCAUGCUGUGGCAUUGCAUCACCACCGGGCCCUGGAGCCGGAGGUAGCAGCAGCUGGAGAGCUCAGAGGAGCCUGCUCGCACCAGCAGACAUGAGAGGCACCAACAGCAGGGAGGGUGCACCCAAGACCCUGUUGGCUAGGGCACUUUAUGACAACCGUCCUGACUGCGCCGACGAGCUGGCCUUCUUCAGAGGGGACAUCCUGACCAUCGUGGAGCAGAAUGUGCCCGAGAGUGAGGGCUGGUGGAAUUGUCUGCUCCACGGGAGGCAAGGCCUGGCUCCCGCCAACCGCCUCCAACUCCUCAAAGAGACCCCUGCAGACAGACCCGGCCCUCAGCUCCUGAGAGGCCUGGACACAGACCUCACCGGCCCAGAGGCUCUCUACCAAGUGCCCAGUGUGUCCUGCCCACCGCCCCCGGGUCCUGUGUACGAGCCGAUGAAGAGCUGGGUGGAGGGACCACUGCCAGCUACUGCCCAAGUCUACGAAUUGCCUGCCUCACCUUCCGGUGCCAGGAUCAUCUGUGAAAAGACUCUGAGCUUCCCCAAGCAGACCCUCUGCGUGCUUCCCAGACCUACAAGGGCCUCGCUGCCGACUCUGCCUUCCCAGGUGUAUGACGUUCCUGUCCAGAGCAGGGUCUCCUCGACCCUUAAGAUGCCAGAGAAAGAGCAGCUCUACGACACACCCACCAGCUCCCAGAAGGCAGCACUCCACUCCCCUGCCAGCCAGGCAAGUGGACAGAGUGUUGUGCUGACGCCAACCACUGGCUUCAGACAAGGCGGUGGCUACAGCACGCUAUCCAGCCCUCAGAAGCCAGAAUGGAUGAAUGACACGCCGGUGUCACUGGGAAAGGCCCACGUCGGAAAUGCACCUCUGGCCAGCUUCACCAGAGAAUCAGGGUCCAGGGCUGGACCAGGCUCCGCCUCCGCUGUGCACAUUGGAGCUGUGGCCCUCCCCCCACAGCUGGGGAGCACGGGGCAGAAGAGUGGACUUCCAGAGGAGCCUUCCUACGCCGUCCUGGCACCCAGGGACUCGCUUCCUUCCGAUGCAGGCAGCAGCUACAGGGUCCCUUCCAGGUUUCUCGUUCCCAGAGUGGAGCAGCAGAACACCAAACCCAACAUUUAUUACACCCCCAAAGCCACUCACGGCAUGUCUCAGGCCGGGAGAGAGCUGGAAAAAGUCAAAGAGGUUCCAGAGAGCAUCCCCUGGGUCUCCAGACACACAAGUUCCCUGUCCCCUGACUCAGACCAAUUAUCUGUUGCCAGCUCAGACAGCAGAGCUAGUGUGGUGUCUUCGUGCUCAUCCGCAUCCACGGACUCCUCCCCGGGCUCCUCCUCAGAGGACUCCGCAAAAGAGCUGUGGAUGGACAUGGACUUUGCCAAAGAGACGGCAAUGGCCCUGCAGCACCAAGUCGCCAGCUCGACAGCGGGCCUGCUGCUCUUUGUGAGCAGGACUUGGAGGCUCAAGGACUCGUUGGAGACCAACGUCCACGGCAUCCGCAGGGCCGCUGACCACACCGAAGAAGCCUUAAGAGAGUUUCUGGAUUUUGCCCAAGGGGUUGGUGAGACCGCUCGCAAUCUCACAGACAGCCAGCUUCAGGCUAGGAUUAGAGAUCAGCUCCAAAUAAUCUCGGGUUCUUACCAGACUUUGCUGGACGCCAAAGGGAGCCUGGACCGCUGCAAUUGGUCCCUUGAAGUUCUCGUGAUGGACAAAGUCCAAAACAGCCUGGAUGACCUGGAGAGGCUUGUCAUGGUGGCACGUUUGGUUCCAGAAGAUGUCAAGAGAUUUACCUCCAUUGUCAUUGCCAACGGGAGGCUCCUUUUUAAGCAGAACUGUGAGAAAGGAGAGACGGAGUUGAAGUGUGAAAAGUGCAUCCGGCCUCCCCAAAGAGAAACUGAGUCAUACCAAAAGAGCAGUCCCUUCAACAGACAACUGGCGAAUGAACACUGCCUUGAGCUGGUAAAGAAAAACAGAGUGAACGUCUGUAGACAGAAGCCACCUAACCUACAAGAAAAAGGAGAGCCCAUCUUGGAAGGAAGCUCAGAUGGAAACAAAGAUUUCCCUGCCAUGAGUCCUAGCUCUCUCACCUCUCCGCCGCCCAGCCAGCGGGACGCAGUCAGGAAGACCCACCUGUCCGAGCACUGCAGGCUCUACUUCGGAGCACUCUUCAAAGCCAUCGGUGUCUUUACCAGCAGCCUCGGCAGCAGCCAGCCCCCCGAGGUCUUCAUCACUCAGAGCAAGCUGGUCAUCACGGUCGGGCAGAAGCUGGUAGACACAUUGUGCAGGGAGACCCAGGACCAGGAUGAACGCAACGAGAUCCUGCGUGGCAGCAGUCACCUGUGUGGGCUGCUCAGGGACCUGGCGCUGGCCACCAAGAAUGCAGUGAUCAAGUACCCGAGCCCCAGCGCACUGGGCUGCCUCCAGACAGAGGUGGAGAAACUAGAGUAUCACACUCGGAAAUUCAGAGAAACGCUGGAAUGAAGCCUUUCUAACGCCUCCUGUAGAGGUCAACUUCCUGGCUGGCUUCACACCCACAACUGGCAUCUCUCUGUCCUGUGGGACAGCCAGUCAGAUAGGCUGAAGCAGCCACGGUCCUCGGAGGUGGUAUUAGUAGGUGGCCAAGCCUCCGAAGGAUACUGGCUGACCACAAGGAGGUCAAGAAAGAGGCAGGUGACAAGUCAGGGUCUUGUGACACUGAACUCACUGUGCCAAGGUGUACAACACCAAUAGUGGGAGUGGCACUGUAGAAGCCAUGUUUCCUGCCAGUCAGAUGUGUGUGGGGGUUACAGUCUUUCUACACCUAUUUAUUAGGCAGCACCUGAGGUCACAUUACAGGGGCUGAAGUGACAGAGGCUCUGCCCUUGGAGUCAGUCUGAUUGGGAAGAUGGACGACAGGACGAGGAUAUGUCUGCAGUCUGUCUGCUGCUAAUGAGAAAUGGAAAGUUGAGGAAACAGGAGGAAGGAACUUCUGUGCAGAGGAUUGAUUUCUGUUGCACUCAUUAGAAAACGUGAUGACCUGCAGGGAUUGGUGGUGCCUGACUUUAAGUCCAGCACUCGGGAGCCAGAAGCAGACUGACCUUAAUGAGGCCAGACCAGUCUAUAGUGAGUUACAAGACAAAGAGGGCUAUAUAGUGAAAACCCACCAAAGUAAUGAUCAUUUACUUUCUAUCUGUUAGUUUUGGAUUAAUACUGUGAGAUGUAUACAAAGUGUGUGUGUGUGUGUGUGUGUGUGUGUGUGUGUGUGUGUUGUUAGAGACUGAAUCUAGGAUUUCAUGAAUGCUAAGCAUGUACUCUGCCACUAAGAUUGAUCCGUAGCACCCCCCAGUGUAUUUUGGCUGUGUUACCUCACCCCAAAGGCAACUGAUAUGUGUUCUGUUGGGCUGUCUACUAACUUAUUUUGUAUGUUACAAACCCUGUAUCAGUCCGUUCUACUCCUCAGUUAGAUUCACUUUAUAAUUCACUAGUCUCAAAUCUGUUAUAUAAUUACCUGUAAUCAUGGAUUUAAACACAUUUGCAAGGUCCCGGGAGAUGGCUCGGGAGGUAAAGGUACCUGCUGCCAAUCUUGAUUGCCUGAGUUCUAUCCCGGGGACCCGUGUGGUGGAAAGAGAGAACUAACUCCUGAUAACUGUCUUUGAACAUUCACACACACACACACACAAAGACCUGAACUGUAGUUUUAAAAAUUAAAACAUCUACGCACACUGA